UUUCUUGGGUGGGUGGGGUACCCUGGAAAAUAGGAUUUUAUAAGCUUCUUGUCUAUCGGAGGCAGCUAAUUCCAGCUGGGCUAGUGCCCAGGAAACAGUGUCCUGGGAUCUUACGCAGUAUUCUAGCACAGGAGAAAGAUUAAAAUGAGAGAUACCAGGACUUGGGCUGGAACCUAUGGCCGACUUAGGAUCAGGAAGCUGUGUUCUAUUUCUGGUUCUGCCAUGUACUGUCUGUGGAACUAGGGCCACCUCCUAUCAUCUCUCUGAGCUUCCGUGUUUGCCUCUCAUUUUCCCUUUGAAUGGAGUGAGUCUGUACUGGCUACUUCACAGGGUGUUGCAAUUCAGUGAGUGAGAGGUGGAGUUCAGUGAAACUGAAUGAAUGAAAAUGUCAGGUGUUAUCACUAAUUUUAGUCUUUGGGUCUGUGUGAUGGGCUCUGAUUCAUGGGGGGAAGGAAGUCAUGGUACAUCUAGGGACUUUGUCCGCUUAGUUCCAAUAAUGUUAUCAAUACCCCAUGGCUCCCAAUAAGACUGGAAGGGUAGGUUUGAGGGAGGUACUGUGUAUUUGGUCAGAAGACACCCCAGCCUACCUACCUCCUUGACAGAAUUUCUGUCUUUUUGAAAAAGUUUUUCCUUGGCUAUAAAUUCUCCUACUUCUGCACUCGUUCCCUAGUUUGGGAGAAACAGAACAAGAACGCUGCUUGAACCCCUCAGCCAAGGCCAGCCAGAUACCCUUUCCUAUCUAGAGGGGGCUUUCUUAUUUGGCCACAUGUCUCCUUCUGGGUUUUCAGGUCUGUGAAGGGUUAAGCGAGCCACACCCUCAGCAGGAACAGCCUCGGACUUUGUGCUGAGCAGCCGAGCAGCCAGCAGCCAGCUCUCAGCUGUCUCUGGCCUCUCCUGGCUCAACUGGCACAGGGAGCCUUGGCUGAAGGAAGCAGCACAGAGGAAGGUCAGAAGCGUGGGCACUGGCACGAGGAGGGCCGUCUCUUUCCUGUCUUCCCCAACACCAUGGACAGCUCCCGGUAACGAGGACACCUCUCCACCCUUGGGGCCUGGGCCUCCUAUGCCCCCUUGCUGUCAAACUGAGAUUUCAUCCACCAUUCUCCAAGGGACGCUGAGGUUUCCCCCUAGUUCCAGCGUUGGUUACUGGCCCCUAAAGCUGAGAAGACAUCAACAAACUGAUCCCAGGAUCAGUAGCUCCACUGGCCAUAAUGCUCCUGGAAGGUUCCGUGGGAGUGGAGGACCUAGUGCUCCUGGAACCCCUGGAGGAGGAGUCUCUGCUCAAGAACCUCCAGCUGCGCCAUGAAAAGAAGGAGAUUUAUACCUACAUUGGAAACGUGUUGAUCUCAGUGAAUCCCUACCAACAGCUGCCCAUCUAUGGCCCAGAGUUCAUUGACAAAUACAGGGACUACACCUUCUAUGAGCUGAAGCCCCAUAUCUAUGCGCUGGCAAAUGUGGCAUACCUGUCGCUGAGGGACCAAGACCGAGACCAGUGCAUCCUCAUCACAGGCGAGAGUGGAGCCGGGAAGACGGAGGCUAGUAAGCUGGUGAUGUCUUACGUGGCGGCUGUCUGUGGGAAAGGCGAGCAGGUGAACUCUGUGAAGGAGCAGCUGCUUCAGUCCAACCCAGUGCUGGAGGCUUUUGGCAAUGCCAAGACCAUUCGCAACAACAACUCUUCUCGAUUCGGGAAAUACAUGGAUAUUGAAUUUGACUUCAAGGGAUCCCCCCUCGGUGGCGUCAUCACCAACUAUCUGCUGGAGAAAUCCCGCGUGGUGAAGCAGCUUGAAGGAGAAAGGAACUUCCACAUCUUCUAUCAGAUACUGGCUGGAGCAGAUGCGCAGCUGCUGAAGGCCCUGAAGCUUGAGCGGGACACAAGUGGCUACGCCUACCUGAACCCAGAAGCAGCCAGGGUGGAUGGCAUGGAUGAUGCCUCCAACUUCAAGGACCUCCAGAGUGCGAUGACUGUGAUUGGGUUCUCCAAGGAGGAGAUUCAGCAGGUGCUAGAGGUGGCGGCCCUGGUGUUGAAGCUGGGGAAUGUGGAACUGGCGGACGAGUUCCAGGCCAAUGGGAUACCAGCAAGUGGCAUCCGUGAUGGGAGAGGUGUUCAGGAGAUUGGGGAAAUGGUGGGUUUGAAUUCAGGGGAACUAGAGAGAGCUUUGUGCUCAAGGACCAUGGAAACGGCCAAAGAAAAGGUGAUCACUGCACUGAAUGUCACCCAGGCCCAGUAUGCUCGGGAUGCUCUGGCUAAGAACAUCUACAGCCGCCUCUUCAACUGGAUAGUGAAUCGAAUCAAUGAGAGUAUCAAGGUGGACACUGGGGAGAAGAAGAAGGUCAUGGGGGUCCUGGACAUCUACGGCUUUGAAAUAUUAGAGGAUAAUAGCUUCGAGCAAUUUGUGAUCAACUACUGCAAUGAGAAGCUACAGCAGGUGUUCAUAGAGAUGACGCUGAAAGAGGAGCAAGAGGAGUAUAAGCGAGAGGGCAUACCGUGGACGAAGGUGGACUACUUUGAUAAUAGCAUUAUCUGUAACCUCAUUGAGCAUAAUCAGCGAGGCAUCCUGGCCAUGCUGGAUGAGGAGUGCCUGCGUCCUGGGGUGGUCAGUGACUCCACCUUCCUAGCGAAGCUGAACCAGCUCUUCUCCAAGCAUAGUCACUAUGAGAGCAAAGUCACCCAGAAUGCCCAGCGCCAGUAUGACCACAGCAUGGGCCUCAGCUGCUUCCGCAUCAGUCACUAUGCGGGCAAGGUGACCUACAGUGUGAACAGCUUCAUCGACAAGAAUAAUGACCUACUCUUCCGGGACUUGUCCCAGGCCAUGUGGAAGGCCCGGCACUCCCUCCUUCGGUCCUUAUUUCCUGAGGGUGAUCCCAAGCAGGCAUCUCUCAAACGCCCCCCAACUGCGGGGACCCAGUUCAAGAAUUCUGUGGGCAUUCUAAUGAAGAACCUGUAUUCCAAGAACCCCAACUAUAUCAGGUGUAUAAAGCCCAAUGAGCAUCAGCAGAGAGGUCAGUUCUCCUCGGAGCUGGUGGCAGUCCAGGUUCGGUACCUGGGGCUGCUGGAGAAUGUGCGGGUGCGACGGGCGGGCUAUGCCUACCGCCAGGUCUAUGGGUCCUUCCUGGAAAGGUACCGGUUGCUGAGUCGGAGCACUUGGCCUCACUGGAAUGGUGGAGACCGGGAGGGGGUUGAGAAGUUCCUGGGGGAGCUGAGCCUGUCCUCAGAGGAGCUGGCCUUUGGGAAGACAAAGAUCUUCAUCAGGAGCCCCAAGACUCUUUUCUACUUGGAAGAGCAGAGGCGCCUCAGACUCCAUCAGCUGGCCACACUCAUACAGAAGAUGUACCGAGGCUGGCGCUGCCGCACCCACUACCAGCUGAUGCGCAAGAGUCAGAUUCUCAUUUCCUCUUGGUUUCGGGGCAAUAUGCAAAAGAAACGCUAUGGGAAGAUGAAGGCGUCAGCAUUGUUGAUCCAGGCUUUUGUGAGAGGAUGGAAGGCCCGCAAGAAUUAUCGAAAGUACUUCCGGUCAGGGGCUGCCCUCACCUUGUCAAAUUUCAUCUAUAAGUGCAUGGCUCGGAAAUUCCUCCUGGGGCUGAAGAACAACUUGCCAUCUACCAAUGUCUUGGACAAAAAGUGGCCAGCCGCCCCUUACAAGUACUUCAACAUGGCUAACCACGAGCUCCAGAAGCUCUUCCACCAAUGGAAGUGCAAGAAAUUCCGGGAUCAGCUGUCUCCAAAGCAGAUAGAGGUCUUGAGAGAGAAGCUCUGUGCCAGCGAGCUGUUCAAAGGCAAGAAGGCUUCAUACCCCCAGAGUGUCCCUGUUCCAUUCCGUGGUGACUACAUCGGGCUGCAAAGAAACCCCAAGCUGCAGAAGCUGAAGGGUGGGGAGGAGGGGCCUGUUCUGGUGGCAGAGACCGUGAUGAAGGUCAAUCGUGGCAACGGCAAGACUUCCUCUCGAAUUCUCCUCCUGACCAAGGGGCAUGUGAUUAUCGCGGACACCAAGAAUUCCCAGGCCAAAACUGUCAUUGGGCUGGACAGUGUGGCCGGGGUGUCAGUCACCAGCUUCAAGGAUGGGCUGUUUAGUUUGCAUCUGAGCGAGGUAUCAUCAGUGGGCUCCAAGGGGGACUUCCUGCUGGUCAGUGAGCAUGUGGUUGAAUUGCUGACCAAAAUGUACCGGGCUGUGCUGGAUGCCACGCAGAGGCAGCUUCCAAUCACCAUGACUGAAGAGUUCUCAGUGAAGUUCAAGGAGGGCAGUGUGGCUGUCAAGGUCAUCCAGGGCUCUCAGGGUGGUGGGAAAAGCAAGCUGAGCUGCAAGAAGAAGGGGAGUCGUUGCCUGGAGGUGACUGUACAGUGAGGAGGCACAGCAGUUUCUUCCUCCAGGAGCCGCACCAGCCCCACCCACCUUUUGCGGGAGGAUCUGGUGUGUGAACCCCCUGAUGGGGAGUGGAGCUCAGAGAUUGAAGAUCCCUUGAAGAGGGCGUGCUUCUCCCAAACCUUUCCGGUCCUCUUUCCAGACUUAGCUUCCUCCUACCCUCAGCCUUCACCCACUAAUAAAACAAGAGACUUUGCAAAGA